AUGUGCAACAAUGCAGACAGGAUGCUCAAGGCAGCAAGUGAUCACAACCUUGUCUUUGGAAGGGACAACACUCACUUGACCAAGGGUGAUCAGGAGAUGUUGCUGGACAUUUCAUGUGCCAUUGGAUGGAAUCCUGGUCAUGGCAAGCCCAGCUCUUAUGCCAAGCAGGAUGCAUGGUGGCUCAAGGAGGUGAGAAGAGUGGCAAAGAGAGAGCCAUGCAUCAAGAUUGCCUUUGCAAGGGAGCAGUACUUCAAGCUCUUUGCGGUGCUGCAGCCAUACAUUGACUGCCCACACUGCGCACAUCCAGCUCCAGCCUUUGUGCUGGAUGGUGGCAAGGCUCAGUUCAGGAUCUCCUGCAGAAACACAAAGAAGUGCACCUACAAGAUGGGCAUGUCAUCUGCCAAGGAGCAUUUUGAGGUGAUGGUGAGGCAGGGGAAGUUUCCAACAGAUGUACUUGAUGGCUUGGGCAUCAAAGUGCCACAGGAAGAGGAGGAGGAGGAAGAAGAGGACUCUGAGGAGGAAGAGCUAAGUCCAAGGCCAAACAGAGUCACCCAGGAGCCACUGCCAUCUCCCAAGAGCAAGGACAACAAAGCAGUAGAGGGAGAGGGUGAUGAGCUGGAUGACCUAGAUGAUCUGGGUGAUGAGACAAGCUCUGGUGGUGCGUCUGAGUGGAUGCCAACAGAAGACAUCAGCCACCAGCAGCCAGACACUCCAGGCGCACUGACAAGGAAGAGAAGGUCAGGUGGUGUCCUGGAAGGCUUUGAUCCCAAGAAGAGCAAGGUAGGGGCAGGACAAAGUAUGAUGGAGCCUGAGGUGGUUGAUGCAAGGUCAGUUGUCCAUCCCAUCCAUGCCUCUAUCCUCCUCCCAAACCCUGGAUGGGAAGGGAUGAAGAUACAAAAGCCCAUCCUGCCUGGCAUCAUAUACACCAAGGGCAUCAAGGAUGGUCACAACAGUCUCUAUGUGGCCAUGGCAAUGUACCUGUUCCAGGACCAGAACCGGGCUUUGGAGGUAAAGAACAGGGCUAGCAAGUACUUCAAAGAGAACCCUGACUUGUUUCUUGAAGUCAGUCAUCCCCUCGGCAGUGAUUCUAGGAUCAAGCAUCUUGUGGCUACCUUUCAUGGCACUGCAGCUAAGGACAAGAUCAUGAUGGAGGCUGUAGCAGGUCACUUCAAGCAGUCCAUCAUGGUAAUCAGCAAGGUGGAGGACAAGUGGCAAGGCAUUGUUCUGCCUGCUGGAGGCAAAGGUCCUUAUGCAGGCCUAAUCUACAUCCCAGAGAGGAGGCAAUUUGAGCUGGCAUUCCCUGCUGCUUGA